ACUUUAUUAUUAAGUUGCCAGCAUGUCUAACAAUGUAGAAUAUAAGAUGCCAACUGACCCCACAGAGCUGAAAGCAUUUGAAAGAAUCGAUUCUUACGUCACUCCGAACGACAUGAAAGAAACUCAAAGGUUCUAUGAUGAUUGGGCGGACAAGUACGAUGAUGAUCUUGACGUAGUUGAGUUCAAAGGAAUCUCACAAGCAACUUCAACUCUGUUACGAUUCAUCAGUUUAGAAGAAAGGACAAGAAGUGACUUCAGUAUUUUGGAUCUAGCAUCAGGCACUGGUAGAUGUGGAAAAGCUUUAAGAGACUCUGGUUUUAAAUGUAUAAUCGACGCACUUGAAGCCAACGAAGCAAUGAAUCAAAAAGCUUCUAAGAAAGGAAUUUACAGAAACUUGACUGUUCAUGUAGUAACUCCAACCACAAAGCUACCAAUUGAGGAUGAAAGUUAUGACGUCAUCGUCUGUACUGGUGGUUUCUCGCGAACACAUAUUCAGUCCGAAUGUAUAAAGGAUGUUGUUCGAGUUUUAAAACCCGGGGGAUUGUUUUGGUUUUGCGUGAGAAAUACAAAGCAAGCAGAAAAUUUCAACAAAGAAGUCGAAGAUGUUUUGUCGCAGUUAACCGGUAGUGGAGAAGCAGAAAUUAUAAUACGCCAAGAGUUUGGCUAUUAUGUAUAUAAAGCUGAAGUCAAAGAUUCUUCCGAAACAGUUUCUAUACCUGGAUUAGAACGUUGUAUUAGAAAACUCAAGUGAAAUGCUAACCUUGUUACUGACUUCAUAAUUGUUAUUCUAUUUGCAGCUUACCACUCUUAUAAGGCACGUAGUAACAAUACAGGCAUCUUUUGUUGUUGUUCUUUGCCAUGAAUGCUUUUAGACAUGAAUGCCUUCAAAAACUAAUUUCGUGAAUGCUUUCAAAAACUAAUUUCUUUGCCAUGAAUGCUUUCAAAAACUAAUUUCAGCAUUUACUUUUUAAUCUUUUAGAGUUUAAUGAAAACGCUUAACCCCAAAGGUACCUAACCUUAAUUAGCCAAAAACUAAACCGAUGAAACCGAAA